CCGGGGCGGGGCCGCGCGGCGGGCGGGGCCGCAGCCGGGGGGCGCCGCUAGAGAGCCCCUGAGCGGCGGCGGGAGAGGAGCGCAUAGCCUCGGGGAGCCCAGGCCCGGCAGCCAUGGCGGUAGAAGGAGGAAUGAAAUGUGUCAAGUUCUUGCUCUACGUUCUUCUGCUGGCCUUCUGCGCCUGUGCAGUGGGACUGAUCGCCGUGGGUGUAGGGGCCCAGCUGGUCCUGAGGGAGACCAUUGUCCAGGGGGCCACGCCUGGCUCCCUGUUGCCCGUGGUCAUCAUUGCAGUGGGUGCCUUCCUCUUCCUGGUGGCCUUUGUGGGCUGCUGUGGGACCUGCAAGGAGAACUACUGCCUUAUGGUCACGUUUGCCAUCUUCCUGUCUCUUAUCAUGCUGGUGGAGGUGGCCGCAGCCAUUGCUGGCUAUGUGUUUAGAGACAAGGUGAUGUCAGAAUUUAAUAAGGACUUCCGGCAGCAGAUGCAGAAUUAUCCAAAAAGCAACCACACAGUUUUGAUCAUGGACAAGAUGCAGGAAGAUUUUCAGUGCUGCGGGGCAGCUAACUACACAGACUGGGAGAGCAUUCCUCUCAUGCCCAAGGGCCGAGUCCCGGACUCCUGCUGCGUCAAUGUCACACAGGGCUGUGGGAUUGCUUUCAAUGUGAAGGACAUCUACCACGAGGGCUGUGUGGAGAAGAUUGGGGGCUGGGUGAGGAGCAAUGUGCUGGUGGUGGCUGCAGCAGCCUUGGGCAUUGCCUUUGUGGAGGUACUGGGAAUUAUUUUUGCCUGCUGCCUCGUGAAGAGCAUCCGAAGUGGCUAUGAGGUGAUGUAGGGGGUCUGGUCUCUUCAGCCCUCUCAUCUAAGGGAGUGGGGUAGUACACUCCAGGUUUUUCAAUUAAAGUGAUUAUUUUUUCAGACUGAAAAAAGA